CGUUCCCGCACAGAAUGUUCCACGACUUUAGAACACACUUUGACACUUGUUUACAGACACAUCAGAUCGUUUCAAUCACAGCCAACGUAUGUCUGGCUUCAUUUUUAAAGAGAUUCAUUGCUUUUAGUUCGAGUUUUUACACAUUUUAUUUGUGGUGGUGCUAUGACUAACGUUUGCAGAGUGCACGGCAGUACUUCGGAAUGUGUUUCAUCGCAGUUUGCCAAGCUCAAGAUUGCCGUCGCCUUGGUGGUGAUACGAGACAAGCCGGCUGGUCAAAAUGUCAAGGAUUUCGUCAACAACUUGAUUUCAUUUCACCAAGACAAGGACCAACGUUGGAAAGCCGAAUACCACCGACUCAAACAAGAAGUCCUUCAAUUAAGACAACAACAACUUUUAUUCGCGAUUAACAGCAGGUUGAAUUCACAAUCGAGUGACGACGUUAGUAGGCGAGACAAUCGUCAUUCUCGGUCGUUACUUACACCGCCAGACUCGCAAUCAGAUAGCCAGCCCGAGACGACCGUGGCACUAUUGCCAGCCACUUUAGAGACGUCUAGCAGCAGCAGCAGCAGCCCUGGAGAUGUCGAAGACGUCGAUCGCAUGGAAUUUCUACGGGCUUAUUUUUAUUUGGAGCAUCAGCUGCGCUCGAGUCGGCCAACACCGGCAGCCAUCAGCAGCAGCAGCAACAUCAAUGGCAACGAGAUCUUGGAGAAAGAUGUGAUUCGACAGAGCGUGCUGUCUGUAUUGCAACACGUCGAACUCUGCGCACCCAAAGAACAAUGCGAUUUCUCCAAAUGUCUGGACAGUUUGCGUGUCUGCGUUCGUCUACUCGACGCCCACGACAAGUGGAGUCAACCCGUCCGCGCCAAGUUCAUCGAACUAUCCUCGUCGUGGCUGCAGCGCGUCAAUCACGGCGACAGCGUGCUCCGACAUUACGCCCUGCUCGAGAUCCUGGCCGAUUCGGACGGGAUGGCCGUGCAGCUGGCUGGGAGCCUCGUCAAGUCGAUAGCCGAGUCGCAGCAGCGGAUGAACGAGUGGGAGUGGGACGGAACGGAGCUCAUCCCUCGACCUGUGCUGGCCCACUUCUCCAGCGCUUCCUAUUACUUCCUCUUGUUGGAGAAAACCAUUCCCCGAAUGGCUCCGUCCGAUAAAAGUCGCUUCGUGACCAGUUUAUCCCACGUUGAACAGCGGGUUCACCUCAACUUUCCCCUCUUUGCCGCUUCCAUGAUGCGCCUGGCCCAUCAGCUGGCAACCAGCUGAAUCGAGAAAAGAAGAAGGAACGAAAAGAGCCCCAAAAAUAAAUCAAAAAAAGAAAAAGGAAAGGAGGAAAAAGAAGAAGAAUUGAAGGAGAACGUUGAACGUGACCGCCUGCCCUUAUUCAUCCCUGCGUGCGCCGCAAUCAAUUCCCGAUUGUUUUUGAUUUCUUUCUCUCUCUCUCUCUCUAGUAACUGCUUCUUGUUUCACCAGUUGAUUGGCAAUCUGUCUUUUUGUGUGUGUCUGUGUCUGUGAUGGGUUUAUUGCAUCUGUACAUUUCUUUUUCUCUCA